AUGUUCAUAAUUGAUUGUUUUACAGAAGAAUUAAAAGAAGCAGUAUGGGAACAACAUAUUUCUAUCGACAUUUUAAAUAGUAUAUAUAAUAAUUUGAAAGCGACUUCUAAAAAUGUAUUAAGAUUAAUAAAAUUUGAAGAUUCUGAUUUGGAAAUUACUCAAAGGACAACAUUAAAUUUUUUAAAAAAGUAUCUUAAAGAAACUAAAGAAGAUAAUGUUAUUAAUUUUCUUAGAUUUUGCACAGGUGCUGAUAUGAUUACUGGCACUAAAAUUAAAAUACAGUUUAAUAAGACUACCGGAUUAUUGAAAAUUCCUAUUGCACAUACCUGUUCUAGUACUCUAGAACUUCCAACUGAGUAUGAAAGUAUCAUCCAAUUUAGAAGUGAAAUGAAUAAUUUGCUCCAGUCAAAUAUUUGGGUAAUGUACAGUAUUUAA